AUGUCGAGCAACAAUAACCCUAUCUCCCAUCACACUAGCCAUACGAUGGGAAAUGGCGCAAGCAGCAGCAAUGGCGACGAUAAUUGGAAUUGCGAGGCGUCCAAUGCCAAUGGACAUGAUCAGGGAGAUGCAUUGGAAGCCUCCCUGACAGAUACAGUCGCUGACCCAUUGAACUUCACACCCAAUCGUAUAACUGAUGAACCUCGCGAAUAUGAUGAGGAUUCUCAGCAAGGUAGUGCUCUACCAUGCUCGUCCACCAAUAGUGUCUUCGACGGUGACGAUUCCGACAUGCCGACCGCCAGUAACAUCACUUCGAUGUAUUCCUCGAUCAACCAAGCUGGCUUUAACGCCUUCAAGAUCAUCGACACCACACUGCGUGAGGGCGAGCAGUUUAUUAAUUCCGAUUAUAGUACGGAACGCAAGAUCGAGAUUGCACGGGCCUUGGACGCGUUCGGAGUAGACUACAUCGAGCUGACGUCGCCGGUUGCGUCUCUCCAAUCGAGGCUUGAUUGUGAGAUUAUCUCCAAGCUAGGACUCAAGGCCAAGGUUCUGUGCCAUAUCCGAUGCAACAUGGGCGACGCGCGACAUGCUGUGGAAUCGGGCGUUGCUGGGGUCAACAUGUGCAUCGGCACAUCGAAGCAGCUCAUGGAGCACUCGCACGGAAAAGACAUGGCUUAUAUCAACGACGAAGCUCAGAGAGUUAUCGAGUUCGUCAAGUCCAGGGGCCUCGAGAUUCGCUUCUCCGGGGAGGAUUCCUUCCGCUCCAACUUCUCCGACAUUCUCAAGCUCUACACGACCUUCGACCGCAUGGGAAUCAACCGUGUAGGGAUUGCGGAUACCGUGGGCGGUGCCACGCCGAUGGAGGUGUACGAGAAGAUCGAGGCCCUGCGCAAGGCCGUCAGCUGCGACAUAGAGACUCAUUUCCACAACGACACGGGAUGUGCCAUCGCAAAUGCACGUAUCGCCGUUGAGGCCGGAGCAACCCAUAUUGACACCACGGUUCUUGGAAUCGGCGAGCGAAACGGCAUUACGCCUCUUGGUGGCCUCAUGAAGACUAUGAUGCUCACGCACCGCGAUUACAUCAUGAGCAAGUACAAUUUGGAGAGCCUUGGCCAUCUUGAGCGUUUGAUUGCGCGUACCGUCCGCAUAGAGAUCCCGUUCAAUAACUUCGUCGUUUCCCCACAGGAAAACAUUUUGAACAAGUUGGAUGAAUUGGAGGACAAGGAAUAG